AUGUCCGCGACAACAAAGACAAGCGCUCGCGCGAGGCUUUGCAUCUCCGCGAGUAUCAUCUUCUCUUCGCGUGAACUAAAACAAUACCGACGAUGGCAGCGCCUAUACACGACACUCGACUCCGCGCAGCACGGCUACGUCCCUACAGCGAUCGAAUACGAGGAGUUUCAGCAAUGGCUCCGAAAACAGGAUUCGGGCUACUUCUCUGAUAUCUUCGAAGAUGUUUCGAGUCAUGUCCAACCGAUCAAAUCUGGUUCAAGGACGUGCACAAUCGAGCCUCCGGUCGCAUAUCUCUGCCGACAUCGUAUGCACCCUUUUGAUGCGGGCACCUUGAAGCCACGAUGCCCUGUCUGCACCAUCGACGUGCACCUCAACUACAUGAAUGUCCUCACUCGAACACUCCAAGGCGCUGGUGGACGAGCCCCAUCCUGUACCCUCCAAGCAUCGGAACAUCAGGAGAACGUAUACCAAGUGUGGAGCUUGGAGAAGCUCUCGACAGUGCAACAACUGUCGAAACUGGAACAACUGGCGGAGCAAGAAGCACAAUGGUCAGCGAACCACCCAGAGCAGAAGUAUGAAGAUAUCAAGACUGCAAGACACGCAUUGGAGCUAUACUGGUCCGAGAUGGGUACAUGUAAGGAGACGAAGUUACCCAAGAAGAAGAUACACAGUGUCUCGUUCACCAAGGACACCGAGGAUGGUCCGGGACGGCCACAAGAGUACUACUGGCGACGCUCACCGCGUUACGAAUCCGGGAAAUACACCGUCAGCAAGUCGGAUGAGGAGCAGGCUGAAGCUGGUAGCAGACAUGUCUUCGGUCAGCACCGGGAAGAGGAAGACAACGUCUCUGAAGACUCAGAAGACUACUCACAGGCGCCCGGACUGAGAGAUGAUGACUCAUUUGACGAGGUUCCAGAUGAUGAUGGCGAUAGCGACUGGGAAGACAUCGAAUCCGACGACGAGGAUGGCAAGAAGCGCAACGGCGUUGAGCGGGACUACGUCUUUUUUGAAGAGAUGGACGAAUGCAAUUUUGUUGUUUUCGGGGAGGACUAAUCAAGGCUGGAUUUGCGAAGUGUAUGUGAGUGUAUCGACGUCAGAGUAGCCAUCCUUAGUACGUGAACGAUCACCAUCAAUGACAUAAAUUUCUCAACACACAUUCACGAGCUAGUUGGUGAUGAUCCUUCGUCCUCAUGUCAUUUAACAACACGUAAACGACUACACACUAGCUUGCCCUCGCCUUCGUACCGG